AUGGCAGAGGAAGCUUGCAGAGUGAGGAGGAUAAAGCUUGGGAGCCAAGGCCUUGAGGUUUUGGCUCAGGGACUCGGCUGCAUGGGUCUCUCCGCCUUCUACGCUGCUCCAACACCUGAGACUAACGCCGUUGCUCUCCUCCGUCACGCUAUUAACGCCGGUGUCACAUUCCUUGAUACCUCUGACAUCUACGGGACCGAGACAAACGAGCUGCUCCUGGGAAAGGCUUUGAAAGAUGGGUUGAGGGAGAAAGUGGAGUUAGCAACAAAAUUUGGGAUCACUACUUCUGAAGAUGGGAAAUUUGGUUUCAGGGGUGAUCCAGAGUAUGUGAGGUUUGCUUGUGAAGCAAGUUUGAAGCGUCUUGGGGUUGCCUCUAUUGAUCUUUAUUACCAUCAUCGAAUUGAUACAACUCUUCCCAUCGAAGUCACGAUUGGAGCACUGAAGAAGCUAGUCGAAGAAGGUAAGAUAAAGUAUAUUGGUUUGUAUGAAGCUUCAGCUUCAACUAUCAGAAGAGCGCAUGCUGUUCAUCCGCUAACCGCUGUGCAGAUAGAAUGGUCUUUAUGGUCAAGAGACGUGGAAAAUGAUAUCAUUCCUACAUGCAGGGAACUAGGGAUUGGAAUUGUAGCUUAUAGACCUCUGGGAAGAGGCUUCUUUGCAUCCGGACCCAAGCUUGUUGAGAAUUUGGACAAGGAUGACUAUCGAAAGGCAAGUACUUGA